AGUACAACAUUUCAACAAAACUAGAUAAUAAAAUUAUAAUAAAAAUGUCUAAGGAGUAUCGGAAAAUGUCGUUCAACAAAAGUGAACUCGACUUAGGUAUUCGCAAAGCUAGUACUAAGCCUAAAUUGGUCAGGAUAUAUCAACCUACGUAUCAGCUCACGUCUAAGAAACCAUUCAACGUUGAAGAUGUACAGAAAAUAUUGAAAAGAAUAGUCGAUUCGGAGCUCGAGGUAGUCGAGUAUAGCGACAAGGUUGUUCCAGAACUUUGUAUCACUUUGAGCGAGAACAUACGCAAUACAAUAAAGGAGGAGAACUAUGACAGAUAUCGAAUAAUCGUAGCAGUGACCAUUGGGCAGAGGCGUCAGCAGAGCGUCCACAUCUACCAGUCCUUCCUGUGGGACCACGAGCGAGACCGCUUCGUCUCCCACAACUUCGAAAACGCACAGAUCUACGCUAACGUUGUUGUCUAUGGCAUAUACUUCGAUUAAA